AUGGCCCAAAUACCGCUGCCAGACCAGGAAAGACUCUAUCAUUCUUCAGAUGGGGCGCGGUUUCCGAAUCCUGUCCCGCGCGUGCUAGAGCCAAACUAUCUCUCAGGUGACACAUCUAUGAGAGAAACCCCAGAUGUUUCCGCGGAUAUCGACCACCGGUUGAAGAUCGAGAGCCCGUCGGAAGAAGACUACGAAGACAGCUUAUUAUCCGACACCUCUUCUGAAGCUGUUGAGCCUGUGCUCCAAUCCAAACGUGGUCUGCCAAUCUCCCAGCUUCCCACGGGCCUGUGUUACGAUGAGCGCAUGCGAUAUCACGCUGAAGUAUCAGCCACAACCAGAGAAAGUGUGCAUCCCGAAGACCCAAGACGGAUAUACUACAUCUACAAAGAGCUCUGUGAAGCUGGGUUGGUUGAUGACAAGAAGCACCCACCAAUCGUGGAGAUGCCCUUGUAUCGAAUUCAUGCUCGCGAAGCCACGGAGGAUGAGUGUCUUCUGGUUCACGCGAAGUACGAAUAUGAGAUGGUCAAAAGUACCGCGUCCAUGAGCGACGAAGAGCUUAUAGACCUUUCGGAGCUACGCGAGAUGGAUUCCAUCUACUUCAACCAGCUAUCGUUCUUCUCUGCAAAACUGUCCACAGGGGCAGCGAUUGAGACGUGUCGAGCGGUAAUGUCACGAAAAGUCAAGAACGCAAUUGCCGUCAUCCGGCCCCCUGGCCAUCAUGCCGAGAUUGGAAAGGCUAUGGGAUUCUGUCUCUUCAAUAAUGUCUCCGUUGCCUCCAGAGUCUGCCAGAAAGACUUUGGGGAGGACUGCAGGAAAAUUCUCAUUUUGGACUGGUCAGUUGCCUUCCGGAAUGGCUGCCAACAAGUCUUCUACGAGGACCCUAACGUUCUCUACAUCUCCUUGCAUGUUUAUAUGAAUGGUAAAUUCUAUCCUGAAGGUCCUCAAGGUGACAUGUAUCACUGUGGCACUGGUGCUGGUGAGGGAAAAAACGUCAAUAUCCCCUGGCCUUCGAAAGGCAUGGGCGACGGUGACUACAUGUACGCAUUCCAAAACGUCGUCAUGCCCAUUGCCAAUGAGUUUGACCCGGACUUUGUCAUCAUCGCCGCGGGCUUCGACGCCGCAGCUGGAGAUGAGUUGGGUGGCUGUUUCGUCACACCCCCCUGCUACGCACACAUGACGCACAUGCUCAUGUCUCUUGCCGGAGGGAGGAUUGCUGUGUGCUUGGAAGGGGGGUACAACUUCGGCGCUAUCUCGAAGUCUGCCCUCGCAGUUACGCGCACCUUGAUGGGAGAGCCACCUGAUCGCCUACAGGCUACAUCGGCCACUCAGAGUGCGGUGGAUACUGUGGCCAAGGUUCGAAAUGUGCAAUCAAAAUAUUGGAGGAGUAUUUAUCCUAAGGACCCGGUCAGUGGUAUUUUUGGUGGCGAAAGAUUGCAUGACAUCCUCCGCCAAUACCAGGCUAUGCACCUCUAUGAUUCUUAUAAAUUUACCCCACUGCAUAUCUACCGCGACACGGUGUCAAAAUCAUUCGACCGGCAAGUCCUCGCAACACCUAACUACGAGAGCAAGAAGGCCUUGAUGAUCAUAUUCCAUGACUCACCUGAUCUUCUCAGCUCCAGCAAUGGCUUGUCCACACAACAAAAACCCCAUGAUACAUGGCUUGUUGACGGCACGCAGUCGUACGUCCAGUGGGCCGUUUCCAUGGGCAUGGGUGUCAUAGAUAUCAAUAUGCCCGAGUUCAUCACCCUUCCUGACGAUGUCGCCAUGAAAUCCGAAUACGGAGAGCCAACAGAUAUCGAGUAUGCUUCCACAACGACCGACCUUGCAAGAAAAGAAGGGGAGAAACUUGCCUUCUACCUCUGGGAAAACUACAUUGAACCGUACGACUUCCCCUGGGGAAUCGUCCUCAUGGGUGCAGGCCACGCGUUUCAUGCCAUCGCGAAGUUGGUGUCAGAGAACGAACGUGUCUACUCCAACCUAGUUGGGAUCGUGUGUUUCAUUUCCACGCAGCCGAUUCGCCCCAUAAGCAAUCCCGGUGGGAACCAUUGGGUAAGUCAGUGGUAUCGUGAAAACUCGCUCGUGUUUGUCAGCGCGAAGCACAGCCUGUGGAAGAAGGAAAAGGAAGGAGGCAGGGUUAGCAAGCGAUAUGGACGGCUUGUGAGGAGCGAGGAAGAGGUGUUGAAUCAGAUCAUGAUGAAGCACAAGAAACAGGUCUGCCAGUGGAUCUUUGAGAAGAUUAGCCAGCGGAGGGAGGAGAUGGGAGGCAGCACUGAGGAGGAGGAGGAAGAAGAAGAAGAAGAAGCAGGGGAUGAGGAUUCGAUGGCAGCCGUGGCGGGCGAUGAGCCCCCCGAGAGGGGAGAUAGGGACAGUGACGCCGACACCAUCGACGAUCCCACCUCGAUGGAGGCUGAGAGUGGUGAUGCUGGUGCCAGAGCAGCGCAGCUCGGUGAACAACCCGUGAACCCAAGCACAAGUGUCGCAGGAAAUGGUGAAGAGGCCGCUGUUGGGUUUUCGAACGCAACACCGCCGGCGGAAGCGUCUACAGCAGCAACAGAUCACCCAGCGUUUCCGUCUGGCGGCGGCGGCGACGUGUUGAUGACGACGGAGCCGUGA